UGUCGAUGAUGCUACACCCUGAUCUUGACAGAUUUAAGAUUAUAUCAUGGCUGGCCAAUCAAUAUUCCUUCACAUUUACCAACUCCAUGAAAUACUUCCCAGGGGCUCAAGUUCAGCUACUGGACGUAUAAGUAGUGGGAUUAGCGAUUCUACUCUCCGAACCUAAGCUGCAUCGACAGUUCUUUUUAUCGCUAAAUCUAUCGUCACCCCAUUGAAUGAUGUAUUACUACUUGGAAGGUGUAUAUUCUGCGCUUACAAAGUUUUUCUCUUCUGGCCUUACUUGGACAGAAACCCCUCAACCACGGACGAAUGACGUAGACGCUGUCCAAUAUUUUACGGCAAGCUUCGUUGCCGAACGACCACAUGAUCAUAACCUGUUAAGUAUAGGAAUUUUUGCGAAAGUACAUCUUUUAGAUGGGAAGGUCGUGAGAAAGAUACCUCGCAGUGGAAGCCCCGAAGACAAACUACCGAUAUCUCGCGAGUCGCACAUAUAUAAGUUGCUCGGUGAUCAUCCUCGUAUCGCACAAUGCCUCUUCGGCUCCGAUGAUUUGGUUGAUAUUCAAUAUUAUCCCAACGGGAAUCUCAUGGACUACAUACGGGAACACCACAACUCUGUUUCAUUACCUGUUCGAUUAAAUUGGUUCCGACAGAUAAUAGAAGCCGUGGUCAAAAUCCAUGCACAUGGUGUGAUCCAUUCGGACUUAGCUCUCCGGCAAUUUUUCCUCGAUGACAAUAUGGACGUGCGGUUGGGUGAUUUCAAUUCAUCACAAUGGCCUGGGGAGAUGGCAUUGGGCUACGAAAAAGCAUCGCACUGCUUGCCUAGGGAUUAUGAGCAACCUAAUACUGUUGCAUCUGAUCUGUUCGCUCUUGGAUCUACCCUUUACGAGCUCAUGACCGGUACUGUACCACACUGUGACCUACUUCCGGUUGAGUCGGAAGAUAUCUUGAAAUCAAACGAUCUGUCCGUUAUACAAGGCCGGAUUCUACGCGAGGAAAAGGCGGAUUUAGCAAUUGAAGAGUUAUUCGUGAAACAGGUGUUUCCAGAUGUUUCCAACCUGCCUGGAGGUGACAUUAUCCUGAAAUGUUGGAGAUGUCAGUUCAGUACUGCGCAAGAUGUUCUUGAGCAGUACCAACAGCUACAGAUAAUAUUCGACAGUCAAGCGUGACAAAUAUUUAUUCGUUCCGCAUUUGGUAAUCGCGAUUUAAUAGUAGUACUUGCCGUUAAGCUGUUGCAAUAUAGCUACGUUUUCAUCGAAUUGCUGGUGCAACAAAAGUGGUAAAACCAUUAAAUUUCUGAUAUGGAAACACUAUAUCCCGUAGCUGGCUUGGCGUGCGGGGAUACUAAUUGGAGCCAUUCAGUUCCGGAGCCUUUAGAUAGUAGAGCACCUAGAGGGCUAUAGAACGAUAUAGCUAGGAAUGCAAUAGGCUCAGUUGAUUGAGAUACAUUGAUUUCUGGUGUUCCCACCGAUGACAUCUAACUCCUAUUAGGCGCCCGAUCAGCCUGUAGCCGAUACGAUAGCUCCCUGCGCCCCAUUCCCACUGAAAAUUCACCAAGUCCUUCAUAGUACUUUCUGAUACCGAGGCAUACAAGAAUGGUUUAGCUGUCGGUCAAACUCCAGACGCCUUUGCUAUAUUGGAAUUUCCACCACCUCCAUUUCCACCUUGUUCACUGGAUGCCCACGACGGCAAGCCCUUCUUUUUACGGCUGGACCCGGCUGGUUUGAACUUAUAAUGCGGGCAGUCUUCGGGACAUUUAUCGGCAGGUCUUUCGUUGCAUUCGACCGGGAUUUUUUCUUUGGUAGUCUGUCCAUUGAUAGUGGUAGUCGUUUCGUAAACAAUACACAUAUUGGAAACUCAUCACUGUCAGCUUAUCGCCGUUCUCCUUGGUUUUCAAACUCACUCCGUGCG